CCCGCGCUCGCCGCGCCUGGGCACUUCGGCUGUGGGCGAGGCGGCCCGCCUGGCCUUUAUCGCUCGCCGUGCCGGUGGUUUGAAACUUUAUCAGCGAGUCUCGCCACUCGCCGCAGACGCGAGCAGGGGGCGGGGGCGCGGCGAGGCGCCGGCGGCCGUGACGAGGCGCUCCCGGCUGAGCGCUUCUGCUGGGGGCACGCAUGGCGCCCGCACACGGAGUCUGACCUGAUGCGGACGCAAGGGGGUUAAUAUGAACGCCCCUCUCGGUGGAAUCUGGCUCUGGCUCCCUCUGCUCUUGACCCGGCUCACCCCUGAGGUCAGCUCUUCAUGGUGGUACAUGAGAGCUACGGGAGGCUCCUCCAGGGUGAUGUGCGAUAACGUGCCAGGACUGGUGAGCCGCCAGCGGCAGCUGUGCCACCGCCACCCGGACGUGAUGCGUGCGGUUGGCCUGGGCGUGACCGAGUGGACGGCGGAGUGCCAGCACCAGUUCCGCCAGCACCGCUGGAACUGCAACACGCUCGACAGGGACCACAGCCUCUUCGGCCGGGUGCUGCUCAGGAGUAGUCGGGAAUCCGCCUUUGUUUACGCCAUCUCCUCAGCUGGAGUUGUGUUUGCCAUCACCAGGGCCUGUAGCCAAGGAGAACUAAAAUCCUGUUCCUGUGAUGCGAAGAAGAAGGGAACCGCCAAGGAUGGCAAGGGCACUUUCGACUGGGGCGGCUGCAGCGAUAACAUUGACUAUGGGAUCAAGUUUGCCCGAGCCUUUGUGGAUGCCAAGGAAAGGAAAGGAAAGGACGCCAGAGCACUGAUGAAUCUGCACAACAACAGAGCCGGCAGGAAGGCUGUGAAGAGGUUCUUGAAACAGGAGUGCAAGUGUCACGGCGUGAGCGGCUCAUGCACCCUGAGGACGUGCUGGCUGGCCAUGGCCGACUUCAGGAAAACAGGCGAUUAUCUCUGGAGGAAGUACAAUGGGGCCAUCCAGGUUGUCAUGAACCAGGAUGGCACUGGUUUCACUGUGGCCAACAAGAGGUUUAAGAAGCCAACGAAAAAUGAUCUCGUGUAUUUUGAGAAUUCUCCAGACUACUGUAUCAGGGACCGAGAUGCAGGCUCCCUGGGUACAGCAGGCCGCGUGUGCAACCUGACUUCCCGAGGCAUGGACAGCUGUGAAGUCAUGUGCUGUGGGAGAGGCUAUGACACCUCCCGCGUCACCCGGAUGACCAAGUGCGAGUGUAAGUUCCACUGGUGCUGCGCCGUGCGCUGCCAGGACUGCCUGGAGGCCCUGGACGUGCACACGUGCAAGGCCCCCAAGAGCGCUGACUGGGCGGCUCCCACAUGACCCUGUGGAGGUCGGCAUCCGUCCUCCCUCCUGUAAGGACUCCAUUGGAUCUGCAAGGACACCGGGCCUUUGGGCUCUCCCAAGGCAUGUGACCUUCAUCUCAACAGAAGCGCCCCCUCCUUGGGGGGGGGGGCCCGGGACCAGCUCACAUGCAGCGCAUAAAGCAUGUCCUGCUUUAUCCGCCCUCCAGCACUCUGAGCACAUCUUCCCCAGGUCAUGAGGGGCUGUUAGAGGGGAGGAGAGGUGUGCCCAGACACUGUCUCUACCCACCUAGACAUUUCCUUUCUUUAGAGCAGUUGGCCAGAGGGGAAAAGAGUGUCUCAAAGGAGCUUCCUCUGAUUCUUAACAACAAAUGCUCACAGUUAAAAAAAAAAAUUCCAUCCUUCUCUCUGGAGGGUAAAAAAAGCAGGAUAAAAUGCCAUUGAAUUAACUUUAAUUCUUGAAAAGACCAAGCAAGGCUUUUGCCUGAUCAAGUGAUUUUUUUCACGACCACCACCUCCAGGGGUAAUUGGUAAUUGCCUGGAGAAGGAUGGCUUUCAAUAAGCCUUAGAUUUAAAAUAUCUAUUUUUCAAGGCAUUUAUUGCCAUAUUAAAGUCCAAUGUGACAGGGUGGGACUGUUGCCCUUUGGUACAGUUUGGAAACUUUGCAAUAGCAAAAACCUCCAAAAGUAAUUGCUUUGCAUUACUGUCCCCUAGAUAUAAAGAAGCUUUAGGGAAUGAGACUUCCUUCUCACUUAGGAUCUGAAGGGAAUUUUUAUAAACUUUGACGACCUGGCAGAUUUGAUAACUACUUGGGUGACGACAGAGGAAAAUAACUCAGUGAGUGAAAUAUCAGAAAGUGUGUCUGUACAGAUAAGGAAAAAAAAAGGGGGAAUAAAAUUCCUAUCUGGUAUGAUGCAUGUGAUCCAUGGGAUUUUGUAACUGAAACGGCUUUGAGAACGAAAACUUUUGGGAUGACAAGACCAGGGGACCGAAGUGCUGACAGAGAGGUUUCCCAAGCUAAGUCAUGCCUGGACAGCCUUUCCCGUAGCAGAUGCUGAAAAGCAGCAGGCUGGGUGUGCUGAGGAGCAUCAGCUCAUGCCCAGCACCCUUCAAGCACAUUUUAAAGACCUGGCAUAUUUGUGUUCAUCUGAUGCUUACGAGAUGACAAAUUACCAUAGCCUGAAGCAAAUGACACAUAGCCUUGCUUAUAAAGUUGGUAACCCUAGUACAUUAUAUUGCAAACAAGUAGUAACUUGGAGACUAUAUUUAAGGGACCCAGCUGUAAUUAGGGGAACACAAUGUGCGGAUUACAUUUGGCUUCUGCGAGCCAAAAGAUGACAUCCAGGGAAAAUGAAGAGGCUGCCUGUCCCAGUUUGUCUGUUAAAUGAAAGAAAGGUGAAAUAGAUGAAGCUGCUUUUCAGCCCCUUGUGCAAUUAGGUUCUUGUUAUAAAUGUGAUCUCUUCACAGAUUCACAUUCACUAACAGGGUGCUUCUUUACAUCACUGGUGGGGUCAGAUUAUUGAUGCUGCUCAUUCAUUAAUACUUGGGCCUUUGGUCUCCCGGUCCUUCCUUCAGAGCAGGACAUUGAGGCUAAAGCUUACGGUGAAUAACCUGCUGGAGUGCUUUGUCAAAAUUGAGUUUUGCCUUUGUGUCCUGGUAAAAAUGACAGAAUUAAUUUCCUUUCCCUCACCCCCAAUCCCCACAAUUAGUUAUCUAACUUUUCCUCUUUUUGUUCUCUGGAGUCAGAGUCGGGAGCAGGGGAGCACGGUGGCGGCCGCUCUGAGCACAGAGUAGGCCUGCCUGCGGGAGUGGGGAGGUCAGGCAAGCAGGCUCAGCCUUAGGCACCCUGCACUUCGCUCCCCGCACUCAUGGUCGGUGCCUCCCUGGGAGGUCAAAGGGACGUUCAUGGGCAUCCCAAAGCCAUCAGCAUUUGUUCCUGAGGAUGAACUGUGAAAUCAAAAAUCCAUGGAUAUGUUUAGAAGUACAAAGCAUCUAUCUCAGCUCCCCUCAAUUUGUGUCUGUGGAAACUGAGACCAAGAGAGGUGAAGGGAUCUGUACAAAUACCCACCAUCACCUCAUGCUCCAUCACAAACAGGACCCCGCUCUAGGAGUACGCAAGGAAGUUAAGCACUUUAUCUAGUUUGUCUCAGAAUUAACUCAGUGGAUUCUAAAUCAUUUUAGCAUCCAAAGGAGAUGUUCAUUGUGUUGGGGUUUUUUUCCUGGGGUGUUUAGAUCUGACUUUCUUUUUGUGCUGCAAUGCAUCCUUCCUGGUAAGGAGCAAGCAGACAAGGCAUAGCCAUAUAGAAACCAACAUAAAUUGUCUUGACUCUAAGGGAGAUUAUGGCAGCCAUCUCACGGGGCAGUAAGUGCAGCCUUUGUGGAGGGCAUAAUGAAAGAGUGGAAUAUUUUUAUCUGCUUUUACUUGUGAAAGAGGAGAUUAUUUGAAAAAAAAUUAAAAACAGAUGAAGAUAGCCUCAAACUCAUUUUCUUUAGGACUUGGGAGAAGACCAGUAUUCCAUGAUUCUAAAACACACAAAACUCUUGACUAUCUGAGGCUGUAGAGGGAAUGUGUGGCAUAAGUUAUUACUCGAAACAAAAUGAGAGAAUCCAUUCAGAUUCCCUUAUAAAUUCCCUACCAAUAAAACCUUAUUAUGAAGUGAACCUCUCUAGGCCCAAGAUAAUGCCCAUUAAUAUUCUGCAAAUGCUAAAAAAGUUCCACACAAGAGGAGAUCCUGACUAGGAUCACUGGAGUUUCUCUUCAUAAAGCUAUAAUGUGCACAUGACUCUGAGUCUUAGAAAA